CCGCGCGCCGCGCCGCCACGAGCACGUCAGUCCGCGCGCGCGGGCCAUGGUCGCGAGAACCGAUGAGAGCAUGUUCGGGUGCUAUGGUGACAGCUACUCGUACCGCCUGUGGAGCCUGGCCAACGUGUGGGGCGCCUGCCGAUGUGAGUAGCGCGCCGCCGACGGCCCGCAGUACACGUGCCCUUUCGAUAUCAGAACUAGGACUUUUACCGCUGACGUCAGCGGAGGCUGUGAUCUCGGUGUAGUACGAUAUAGAUGCGAUUUCGACUCCGCCGCGAAGUGCUUACCGCGAUAUUAGAUAGCCGUGAUCGCGGUCAGUGUGUGAGAACAGAGGUGUUGCUCGAUGAAAGUGCAGAGCUCGUUAAUGGGAGUUGGCGGUUGGUACGAAUGCUUGGCGGCCGGUUGGCUUGCAGACAUGAGGAGUAAGCAAGUCCCAACGUCUACCACCUCGGCCAGGCGGCUAGCGGCCUUAAUCCGUCCCCUGGCCGGUGGCGGGUCGGAAGGCAAGCCAUCUGAGGAAGAGGAGGAGCGAGGCGGGUCCCCGCUGGGUCCGGGCGGACCCUUCUCCUGCAGCCAGUGCCGCGGCGCCUACCCUACGCGCGAGCAGCUCGAGCGCCACGAGACGCUGCACGCGCCCAACACACAGGUGGAUACAGUCAAAUAUUCAUGCAAGAUCUGCCACAAGAGCUUCGCAAACGUAUACCGAUUGCAGCGGCACAUGAUAAGCCAUGACGAAAGCGCGUUACUCCGCAAAUUUAAAUGCAAUGAUUGCGAUAAGGCUUUCAAAUUCAAACACCAUUUGAAAGAACACUUGCGGAUACACAGCGGAGAAAAACCGUUUGAAUGUGCCAACUGUGGUAAAAAGUUUUCUCAUUCAGGCUCAUACUCUAGUCACAUGACUUCCAAAAAGUGUCUUGUCAUGAAUCUUAAAAUGGGACGAAUUAAACCCAAUAAUCCUGCACUCAACCCUGAAAGAAGUCCAUCUCGUAAGCGGACUAAUGCCAUGGUUGCCUCUCAAUUAAAUAAUAAUAUAUCAACGAAUGGAAAUUCUUUCCUUCCCAUGCCUGCUGCUUUCUUUGCAUCGAUGUCAUCACAAGAGAAUUUCCAUCGUCCGACCCUAGGGCAACCUGGAAUUCCCUUCUAUAUGCCUCCUGGCAUGCCAAUGAGUCCCGCUGGCGGGAUAGCUCCAUACAGUAUACCAGCCACACUCAGCCAAUUUUUAGAGCAGCUAGCUUCAUCUCAGUAUCAGACAAGAAAAAUAGAAAAUCUUAACAGUCCGAGGCCUAUUACCCCUCAACCAGCAGAUCCUGAAGAUCUGAUCGAGGAAGUUACGGAAGACGAUGAUAAAAGAUCAGAAGGAAGCGCUGAACUCGUGAUGGACAUUGAGGAUGAAGAGUCUGUAUUGAUAAAAAAAGAGCAGGAAGAACGAGAUACCGAAGCGAGGCCUGCAUCUAGCGAUUUCGAGUCCGUCCCUUUAAAUAAAAACGAGCAUAAUACUGAAAAUCCAGGUUUUAAUUCAAUAUUACAAUCUGUUAGUGCAUCCGUAACGAAACAUUUCUUUCAAGCAAAUUUGGAAAAGCUCUCGCCUGUCUCAGGCAAUGUAUGCCCCAGCAUAGAAUCACCGUCCGCUCCACACGUCACAGUGAAAGAGGAACCAGAAGACACACACAGAUGUUCUAAAUGUAACUUAACUUUCACUAGUAAGAGUGACUUAUUAGAUCACGAGAAAGUGCUUUGUGGAAAUAUGUUUAGGAAACAUGAAGGAUUGGCAGCUCAAGUAGCUGAAACGGUAGCUCUCAAUAGGUUAGAAGCCGAAAUACAUGCCUCCAUACAACAUGGAAUAAGCGCAAGUGAAGACGAAGACUUUAAUAGAGAUGACCGAGACGAUAAAAUAUCAAUUCAUGACAAUGACAGAAAAAUUAGGGUUCGUACAGCAUUAAGUGAGGAGCAACAGAUAGUGUUAAAAGAACACUACGCACUGAACCCUAGACCAAACCGAGAAGAGUUUAAAAGGAUAGCUCAACAGAUCGGUCUAGACAACAGAGUCGUUCAAGUGUGGUUUCAAAACAACAGAGCAAGAGAACGACGAAUGACGCAAACCAUGACCACAUCCGAUCAACCACUAGAUCUAUCUACAAAAAAAACUAAUCCAUCUGUUACGUCAAGUCCAUCGCCAUCACCACCAUGUAGCAUCUCUGUAACACAUUCUGAUUCAGAAGAAGCGGUCAAUUUAAGCCAGAAAUCAUCACGAAGUACGACUCCUCAUCGUACCAACUAUCUAAAUACUUAUCCACAUUCCAAUUGCUCAUCAUCUUCUUUCACCGAUUUUCGGUUGUCUCCAUCCCCUGGAGAACCUAUUAAUGGGCAUAAACGGUUAUUACCACAAAAAAUACAUGUUAAUCCUUUGGUACCCAUGGAUAAACUGCUUCAGUACAAUGACAUGGCUAACGCUCGAUCUCCAAUUCUGAACAUGCACCUGACUUCGGACAUCAACCGACAAGGUUCCAGUCCAGCAUACGACCGUGCGCCUUGGGAUGAAAUGCAAGCACCGAACGAGACCGAAGACGAAGCGACUGUACUUAAAAAGAGCAAACUCAAACAGGGGGCUGAUAUUAAGGAAGGCGAAGGCCAAUUCGUUUGUGAUCAAUGUGAUAAGACCUUCGUCAAACAAAGCUCUCUCGCGAGACAUAAGUACGAACAUUCAGGCCAGCGCCCGUACAAAUGUGUAGAAUGCCCGAAAGCUUUCAAACACAAACACCACCUGACGGAGCACAAGCGCCUGCACACCGGUGAGAAGCCCUUCCAGUGCUGCAAGUGCUUCAAGAAGUUCUCUCACUCGGGCUCGUACAGCCAGCACAUGAACCACAGGUUCGCGAUAUGCAAGCCCUACAGGGACUAGCCUGGAUAUUGCAGCGGUUGUUGAACAACAUUCGUAUUCAUUUCGUUAAAUCAUUUAAAAAAUUCUAGUGCACUUGUUAAUUGUCAAAAAACACCAAAAAUCUGAACGAUUUCGUGUUAAAUGCUUUGAAUUUUAUUAAUAUGCAAAUGAUAAGUAUUUUCCACUAGGGCUAAGACCGCUAGGAUUAUAUUUACAAUAUUUUUUUUACUCUUUACAUCCCUAAUAAUCUCAAAGCCUUAUUUAGAUCAAUUUUGAACAACCAAUAUGCUUUGUCCAAUUUUUGCAAAAGUAAAAGGUGAAAUGUUACCUCAUCGAGUGUUGUACACGCCACGUUCCAAGCCGCAUAAUAAUACUCAGUAAUAAAGUAUUCAUUGCCCGGUAUUUUCGUUUUCAAACUUAAUUAAGUUCAUUGCUGAACAUCAUGAUAUUUUUAUAAUGUAGAAAAUUAUUUGGAUUCCCUAUUUGUAAAAUAAUGCCAAAUAAAUACCUAAUCUAAAGUGCCAUACAACAUGCCAAAAAUAUUACUGUACAUGUAGGUAUAUUAAAUAAUUUUGAUUGUAGUUUUUAUAAUUUAAAUACCAAAGGUCAGUACCUGUAAUAUAAUACUCCAUUGUAAAAAAUGUGAUUUCAUUAUUAUGGUCAAAACCACUAUGAUGUUAUUACAAAAUAUUUUUUAUUCUUUCGCCUCGUUUGUAAUAACACCACAAGGUACAUAAUUAUAGGUAAAAUUUAACUUUUUUAUUUACUUUAAAAUCACAAUUGUACAACUUUUUAUUCAGUGAAUUCAGACUAUUAGGUACUUUUGCUAGCUAAAAACUAAGCAAACUAUCAUGUCAAUAUUUUUCCGUUUGUAAUGCCUGCGAAGUAUAGCUAUUGAACCAAAAUAAUGUUUACGUAAAUAAAGCCAUUUGCUGCAGCGAGCGUUAAUGAUCCUAUUGUGAGCACAAUAUUCUUCAAUAGUAAUAGUAGUUCGUCUUGUUAUUUAUUCAUUUCUAGCUGUUUCCUCGCGGUUUCACCCGCAUACAUCCCUACCGCGACAAAAUAUAGAAUGUGUUACUUGGAGAAAGCCUAGCUUCUUAACAGUGAAAGAAUAUUUCAAAUUGGUUCAGUAGUUUCAGAGCUUUGUGGGUACGAAAAAAAAAUACUUCCUCUUCAACAUAUUAGUAUCAUCUAAUUUUGAUAAGAUCUUCGGAAGUACGAGUCGGCUGUAAAGUUUAAUAUGAUAACUGUCUGUAUUUUUUUAGUGACAAUAUCAUCGAAUGUUAGGUAAAUUGUUGUCACACCGGCGGACAAUACUAAAUAUUUUCAUAACAUAAGAAGGAACAUAGGCUACCUUUGCCAAUAACAACCAAUCAAAAGUUUAAUUCUCUGUUAUCGGAACAUUUUAAAAAUUUAGUAACAUUAAGCUUCUCGUAUUGUAAUAUGUAUUAAGUGUUUAGAUAGAUUGAAUCUUAAUUAAGUUUUAAGCAUUCCAUAAUACUCCUAUGGGAUCUCUGCUGUGUUUAAAAAACUCUUUAAAUUAGUCGAAAGAUUAUCGUCUGUUAAGUUGUAAAUAAUUCAAUGUAUAUAGUAAGGAUUUAUAUGUAAAUAUGAUCGCUUUAUUACCUAUGCAGUAACGGUACAUAGAUUUUAAAUAUUUUUUGCUGCAAUAUAACAAUGAAUAUGAUGACAAUAAUAAACAUCUGUUUAUUAAUCGCAAACGGAUUAAUGAUAUUUGUAUGGAAACCUACCUAUUAAGUAAUAAACAAUUAAAUUCCAGUGGCAUAUAUUGCUUAGUAAUUUACUAAGUCUUAUAGUUGUACAUUUUAGCGUCAGCGCCAUCCCCAUCAAGUUUAUAGGUGUUGUACUUACCUUCAUGAGUUGACACGGUAAAUAGUUGCGAGCAUUAUUUCCUCGUUCCAUAUUGCAACACUUCACUGGAUAACUAAAUAUCACUAACAAAUCAAUCUUGCAUAUAACAGCAGUAUAUUAGAAAAAAGUUCCUAAGCACAAAAAUACGUUAUAAGAGAUACCUACCUAAUGAUUAUUUCUAUAUUUUAUAAAUGUAAGAACAUAGUUAAAAUUAAUUUAAAGGUUUCUAAGCAACGAAUAACAUAAAUUAUUACAAGCAGUAUAUUUAUGUACUUUAUUCAAGUAGUGUGCAUCAUAAGAAUCCAGACACUGUCAUACACUAGCAUUAGUAUCUGUGCCGUGUUCAAUCUGACAGUAUUUCAUGAAUUACAUUCGGUACCUUCACAGUUUCAGGUAAAACUAUUGGUACUUACUUGUAAAAUAUAUAUAAAUACUUAUCAAAGUAUGUACCUAUUACAAUAAUGAUAAUAAUUGGAUUAAGCGAUCCUGUUUGAACUAUUUCAUAUUUUAAUGUAUUUUUAUUGUAAGCUAUUUCCAAAUUGUGACCGGUGGGCUAGAUAAACCAAAGAUUACUUAUGUUGAUAAUGACCUGAUGUGGAAAACUGUACAAUAUAAAUAUCCCAUCAUUUAGCUUUAGAUUAGUUUUAGUUGUGCCAAAUAAUAAUUUUAAGGCUUGAAACUAAAAUUUUUAUAUGAGAAUUUAAUUUUUUACAUGGAAUGGCAUGAUGUACUAUAUAUUUGGUUACUAGUGCAAUAAAUAUUGCUGAAAAGUAUUUUCCUCCUUUUAUGAGUAUAUAAUAAUAGUUCUAGGUGUAAGAGUUAGCCGAUGUGAAUUCCUAUUGCCAUACUAUUUGUCUCUGUUUGUACUUGGUAAGAUAGUGUGAUGCGGACCUUGUGUCAGCCGAACGUUGCAGAAUUAUUGUUAAAUUAAGUAAACUCUAGAUUGUUAAACUUAAAUAUAGAUUAACAUGUGUUAAAAUAUUGCCUAUAUAAAUUAUAGUAAUUCAUUUUACUUGAUAUUAUAAUGUAUAUUGAAUUUAUGAAUAUUAAUAUUAAAAAUAUAUAUAUUGACAAUUCAAUGCAAA